CAACCGUCGACGCGUUGAUUAUACGUUAACGGUUGAUUUAACUAGUCCGUUGAUUCAACGCCCAUCGCUACUGGUCAGAGAAGUAAAAAAGUUAUUGUGGUGUUGUAUGGUAGUGCAAUAUUUGUCUUAAAUAUGGUUCAAUUUGGUAUUCUAUUUGUGCUUGAUACCAUGGCUUUGUCAAUUCUCUGUUUCAAAUCAAGUGAAUCCCCCCGGGUCUCCUGAGCUCUAUAAUAUUUGUAACAUUAGGUUAACAGAGUAGAUAGUAUACAUUAGCUUUAAUAUCUUCAUAUAUCAAUGUCAGUACUCUAUUUUCAAAUCAGACAACCUUAUCUUUUCUGCUCAAGAUAAUAUUUUAUUUCACAUUUGAUAUUGUAUCAGUUGCCUGACUACUUAAAGUAAUUUUGUUUGUGUGUAAUUUUUGUAAGGAGAUUUUAAUUAAAUAAUUUUCUGAGAUGGCGUCUGACCCUGAAAUUAAGGAUGGAUUAAGAUUACCUGUCUGGAUGAAGACCAAACCAACAAGAGAUUUCGAACCAUUUGCUGCUUCACCACCUGCUCCAGAAGACACGUUUUUCUAUAUUCGCUAUCCGAAAACUGAGACUAUAUUCGGUAAAACAAACGUAGAACAAGAUCUGCCCAAGUUGGUGAGUGAGCCGCCGAAAGAGAUUAGAGCUGCGUCGGCCUUCCCUAAUUCUAAGGAGAAAGAUUGGUCAAAGCACACCAAGUCUUGUCAAGACGUCCUGCACGGCAUCGCUCCUAUAAAUACAGCGGUUAAUUCCGUGUCUGCUAAACCAAAACCGGCGGGCGUAGACGACGGGUUCAAGGGCGAGGGAGCUGCGUGUGGCAACUCUGUAGUCAAGGUCGCGCAUCAAAUGAUAUCGUCUACGCGCGGAUACACUGUGGCGUCACCUAGCGAGGACGCGGCGGAGGUGCAGUACCGGGCGAUGCCGCGGCGCGGCAGCAAGAGUUUGCCCGUAACACCGGCACAUUCGCCGCCCUCCAGUCCGGCGUCACGACGCAAGAUGCAAGGCAAUCGUUACUUCACGUCUCCAUUUGAGCCAUCGGAAGAGGCGCACGGUCGCUCUUGGCUGAGUAUGGCGUUGCUCGGUCUGAAGAAAGAUCUCGCUACAUCCACUUCUACAUUAGCAGAAGAAGAAUGUAUCGAGACGAGAUUGCGAGGUGGCACCUUAGCGGAAUCCGUGGAAAGUCUCGGUCCAGCACCUAAUAGGGAUACCAAGUUGUUAUCUGAAAACAUGAGCGGGGAACCCCUAAAAGUUGCUCGUCCCGCCCACGCGUUCCGUCCAAAGCCGUCGGAGUUGCGAGAAAUGAAUUUCUGGUCGCCCACUUCUAUGUGAAAAAUUAUCUGGCGCGUCUCCAACGCGUUUUCAUUUGGAUAUAACUGUUAUACAAUUAACGUACGUUAAUUCUUUGGAAUUUUAUGUUCGUAUCCGAUCGUUUCUAGAGAGAGGGACGCAAAGAUUGGCAUUGGUGAUUUGUAACUCUUCUUCGAUGUUCGACUGAUGAUGGAUUCAUCUGCUUCUUUUGUGUUCGAUGAAGAAUUGAGAUGUUAUCCUUCAUAUGAUAUUCCAUUAAUUCUAAGUUGAUAUUAUUGUCUUCGAUGUAGGUAAAUAAUUAAUAAUUAAUUUUAAACUUGCAAUUUUUUUAUAUCGAUUUGAAUACUUGUGAUUUUAUGUUACGAUGAAAUUUCUCAAAAUGAUACCUAUUUUAAAUUGUAAUAGCAAUAAAUACAGAAAGUUCUUUUGUAAAUUUACUGCCUACUUGCAUUAAUAUUUAAGGAUCCAGUUCAAUAUGUCAUUUUUAUUAAAUUUUUUUAAUUUAAGAUGGAUGAUACCAUGUUUUGUGGAAUGUUUGACUUUUAAUAUUUAACAUGUAUGAAUGAUGUUAACAAAAGAAAAUAAUACAAUUGUGUGAUAAUGACGGGUGAUUACCUUGAGCUACCAUAAUUAGAAUAUAAUUUCACAGUUAAAUGUGAUAAAAACUAUGUAAUAAUUAUUUUUUAAUUUCACGAUAAUAUUUUGAGCAGGAAAUGUUACAUUGUAUCUUAUUUUCUAUAGUUCUGUUACUUAUUUUGACAAUAAUUUAUAGCACAACAUGUAUAAGUAUGAAAUAAAUAUUUACUGGUCAACUGCAUUGAUAAUAUGUUGUUUGAUUUUUAA